UAAAGUAUUUUCUCUACAUCGGAAAAAGUUGUGAGUAGAAAAAGUAAUAUUACUGAUCUAUUCCGUGUUUUAAUUCCAUUUAAUAAUUGAAGGGUUAAUUGAUACAUUAUUAGAUUAUGCCAUGGGAACUUCGUUGAGACGGUGGAAACCGUUCCUUGAGCUCUCGCGAAGACAGCAAAGGCGACGAAUCCGCACCCUUGUGCAAGCGGAUCUCGAUUAUUUUGAAAAUGCAGCGAAUAAUGCUGCGUCUAGUCCUUCAUGCUCACCGCCAACAGCUCGUGCUUCUAAUAUUCCCAAUGACGUUUGUCAUCAAAUUGAUGAUUUCUUUGAUAAUCUUGAACGCUUUGAUGACGCAGAUGAUCUCAAUUUAUUAAUCAAUGAAAGACCGACACUGACUAAUACAGAUAUCCAGAUGGAGAAUCAGUCUUAAUCGAUUAUCACUCGUCCCACUAGUAUAACUGAUCUUCAAAAUUUUCUUGCUCAUUGGGCAAUCCAAAACAAAAUACCUAAAUUCCUUGUAAACGAUCUUUUGAGAGGGUUAAAGAAAUUUGGUCAUCCUGAACUUCCGUUUGAUGCCAGGACAUUAUGUGACACCCCAAACAGAAUUGAUAUACAGGCUCUCGCUGGAAGUAUGUACUUAUAUAUGUUCAUUAUAUGGCUUAGAGAGAGCACUGAAAGAGCAGUUGAGAUACAGAAACUAUAAUGUAUUGCUGCAGCGUAAUGCUGACACGGAAAUUUCUGUGAUUCUCCAAAUUAACAUUAACAUCGAUGGACUACCUCUAUCAAAGAGUUCUAAGAAUCAGUUGUGGCCCAUAUUAGGUAAAGUUGUUGGAACUCAGUUUGUCGAACCAUUCGUUAUUGGAGCGUUUCAUGGAAGUAAAAAAGCCUUCAUCCGCUGCUGAAUUUCUACAAGCAUUUCUCACAGAGUACAUGAAAUUGUACAAUGAGGGUUUUAUUUACGAAAAUUGAAGCUAUGUUUUCCGAUGAGACAUUAGGCACUUACUGACAGAAAAUAAAAGCUGAAAUGUUUAAAAUAAUAUACAAUAAGCACGUAUUGAAAUAAUAUGUAUUUUUAUUUCUGCACCAUUUCUGAACGUUUUAAUGUUUCAGCAAUAUGAUAUGUGAGCAUAUGUCGAGUGGGUAUUAAUUAUAUUAUUUUUCAGAUAAUUGUAGAGAGGAUCGAAAGCGUUUUAAGGAUUUAAUUCUACAAAAAGUAAAUGAGUUGCUGGAAGUAGUGCGAAAAAAUGAUAACCCAGUGGAGCGUAUAGAUCGUCAUUAUGCACUUCUGCCCCAUCAGAUGCCAUUCAAUGAUAUUAACGAAUUACAAAGAUUCGAUCGUGAUCUCAAAGACAAUGGACAAAUGCGAGAUCAAUUUGUACAUAUGCGAGUACUGUGAAACUGACAUCGGCGGAAAAUCGGUUCAAAAAACCGUUAAAUAUGCAAUGGAAAUAGUUAUGACGGAUGAUUUAACUCAACAAGUCGUUGGAACCCUCGGAGCUGAGAACAAACCAAAAAUCUCCAAGUUUACGUUUCCAUAUGUCAUAAUUGAUGUUGUACGUAACACAUUUGAAGGGACAAAAAUCAAAGCUGUCGAAGAUCGAAUUGUCGAGUGGCUUCACCGUGGGAGCGACCGGAAAAAAGCUGAGAAUAAACGUCGAGAACGUCUAAAUCUUCAGCAGUGAUUCAUCAUUGUACUUGGUAGAUAUGUAUAUUACACUGUAUCUGCGUCUGUAUAUGCAUUACGCGUGCUUUUUUUUAAUAAGAUAAAUAUAGCUGUCAAGAUAUUGGUAUAGGUAUCAUUUAAUAAGAUCAAUAUAGGUAUAGGUGUUUUUUUUUUUCAAUAAGAUAAAUAUUACAGGUAUAAGUUCCUAAUAUAUAAAUAAGUAGAUUUUUGAUAAUGUUGUUUACAUACAAGACUAUGUUUUGCUUAUGUAAG